GUCUUAGCUAAAUGGUUUUCUUCCACUUUGUUGCAUUUAGAUCUAUUUAGUUCUUGACAACUAUCUGUUCCGUUCCGACCAUGAAAUCUAGCCCUAAAUUAAAAUCUUUUCUUAGGUAAAAAGCACGCAAAGUCGCGUCAACUCUCCUGAAGUCGAAUUACAGCGAAAUAAGCCACCUGCAGAAUUUCUAUGGGAAAGGAGAAAAAAAUCAAACUCGGACAGAAUACUCCAAAAGACCUGGCGUAUCUGAGCAUUUCGAGCGUAUGGCGCCAUGCUUCCAACACCGUCGACAAAUCACGUCAAUUUCAACCGUAUAUACGAACCAGCCGAAGACUCAUUCCUAUUUCUUGACACUUUAGCAAGUAACUCGGAAACUGCCUUUCUUUCCAACCGAUUUGCAUGCAAAACUUGUUCGAGUCCUCUUGUUCUCGAAAUUGGAACAGGAUCUGGUGUUGUUUUGGCUUUUGUGACAUCAUGGGCAAGCAAGAUUUUUGGCAGGCGAGAUGUCGUUACCCUUGGAACUGACGUGAAUCGCUUUGCUACUCAAGCAUCUGCGCAAACUGUACGAAACGCCAUUAGCGAAACUUCCAAGCUUACUGGAGAUGGUCUAAGUGCUGGCAUGUUCUGCGAUACGGUUACAUCUGAUUUGACGACUUGCAUACGGCACAGCCAGGUCGAUGUGCUUAUCUUCAACCCACCCUACGUUCCAACUGAGGAGUUACCCGAUUUCUUAGAGAAGUCCGACAUCGACGAGUUCGAGAGAGAUUCGAAUCUUCUUGCCUUAAGUUAUGCCGGAGGAGAUGAAGGUAUGGAGAUUACAAACCGACUUCUUGAUGAUUUACCAAAUAUUCUUGAUCCUGAACGCGGCGUUGCAUAUGUACUUCUCUGCGCCCAGAAUAAACCAAAGGAUGUCAAGGCUCGUGUACGAUUUUGGCCUGGAUCGUGGCACGCUGAAACUGUUGGAGACAUUGGUAAGAAGGGUGGAUGGGAGAAGCUUCAGAUCAUUCGCAUAUGGCAAACCGUUUGAACGAGGAGGAAGGGGAGCCGGUGCAACCAAGCCCACUAGGAUUUGAGGGUGUGCCUGAGAGACAUAAAUUCCUGAUUAAGAACACUAUGACAACCAAUACCGGCUGAAUGAAAGGGAAUAAACAUGAAUGAGGACGAUUCCAAAAUGCCCCGUUUUUGUUUCAGUUGAGUGCCAAAAAAUGAACGUGAUACACAGAAAAAUAUUACGCCAGCUCGUUGCUAGAACUUGCUUCGCUCAAGGUGGUGGAGAAUUAGGAUUUGGAUCAAAGUGAAGUUACAUUCUCAUUCAAACGCACGGAAAUUAAACCUCC